UUCGAGACCGGAAAUAAGAGAAUGUGUUCUGUAUCGUAGCAUUUUCUGGGUUUGUGAACGAAUAAAUGUGUGUUUUAUUAUCAUUUUUCUGACACAAUAAUUUUUGAGAUGUCUAAUCAAAAUAUAACUGGACCCGCUUUGCCACCGACGAUAGGAAAAAGCAAAAAUGAUGAUUCAGAUGAAGAAGGCGCAAUUAUAGGUCCAGCUUUGCCUCCAAGAUAUAAAGCUUCAGAGUCCUCCAGCUCAUGUGAAGACAGUGAUCAAGAGGAGGUCGUGUUCAAGAGAGCCAAAUACUCAUCAUCAUCUAGGAACCGGCCUUCUUUAAACAGCAGGGGCAGUGUUAAAGAUGAGAUGGAUAUAAAGCAAGUCGAUGAGGAGGAGGAGGAGGAUGAUGAUGAUGAUUUCUUUGGUCCAGCUCUUCCCCCAGGAUAUCAAAAGGGAGACAAAUCACCUGAAGGGCCACCUUUACUAGGACCUGCACUCCCUCCAGGAUUUAAAAGACAAGAUCUUGAUGAAGAUGAUGAUGAAGAUGAAAAAGAGGAUACCAGAGGGUGUUUAGGGCCAGCUUUACCACCAGGAUAUCGAAAGCAAGACAGAUCUCCUGAACGACCACCUGUAAUAGGACCUGCUCUACCUCCAGGCUUUAAAAGACAAGAUGUAGAUGAAGAUGAGGAUGAAGAGGAGGUUAAAGAAGAUGCUAGAGGAUUUUUAGGACCAGGUUGUACACCAGCAGUGCCAAGUGGUGAAGAAGAAGAAGAUGACUAUGUCGUUGGACCCAUGCCAUCAAAAGGACCGUCCCAGGACUCUGUGGCAUUGGACUUUGAAAGAAGAGCUCAAAGAAUGAAAGACAAACUUACAGGAGUGGAUACUGGCCCCAAAGUGCUCUCCAGAGAGAGCUGGAUGACCGAGUUGCCUCCUGAGUUGCAGCACGUGGGCCUGGAAGCACGAACCUUUAAGAAAAGAUCAGGCCCUGAGAACAAAGACCGCUCAGUUUGGACUGACACUCCCGCUGACUGUGAACGAAAAGCUAGGGAACGACUAGAGGCUAAGGAAAAAGGUGAAUCUGCCAAGGAUGAUGGACCUCAUCUGCCUCAGAAAGAGCUUGAUAUGGCUGAAAAAGUUUCAAUAUAUAAUGAGUCCAAGCGUGGUGAAUCUCUCAUCAGUAUGCACACUAAAAAGAUGAAAAGAAAAGCUGAGGAGGAUGCUAACAAGCCUGUGGAAAGAAGACCCUUCGACAGAGACUCAGACCUCCAAGUCAAUCGGUUUGAUGAGGCUCAGAAAAAAGCUUUGCUCAAGAAGUCACAAGACCUGAACACCCGCUUUUCACACAGCAAAGACCGCAUGUUCCUAUGAGGGACAUUCAACAAAUUUAUCUCUUAUUGUCAAGAAUUUUUUUUAAUGGAUGUUGUACUGCAUUGGAAUCUUUGAAGCAUCAUCAUUAUCAUCAAAACAUUAUGAGCUUUUGUUGACAGUUAUAUGUAAAAUUAGGAGGACCGACUAUUCCUCCUGAAUUUGCCUUUUUUUUUUUUUUUUUUUACCAGUGUCUAAUUGUAAGAGAUAAUACAUUAAAAGUUUUGUAAUUUUGUGACUUCUAUAAGUUUUUAGGCUGCCUUUUUAUUAAUAGGUAAUGAAUACUUAAGUAUCAUCGUUUAUAUCCAGUGAAUUCCUCUGAAUUCUGUCAGUUUCAUGUUUUUGGGUCAUGUAUUGUUCACCAGAGUGUGCUUUCCUCAUAGACUAUUCCAAGUUCAGAUCACAUGUACUUCACCCUAACAAUAAAAGACAGAAAUAAUUAAUAUUUUGCUUAAUGAAAGUUAAGACCAUUUUAGACCCAUUAAAACUUUUUGUUGUGUCAUAACACUUAAUCCCAAAUUAUUAUUACCUUAAUGAAAAAAAACAGCACUAUGAUGCUAACAAUUGAAAUUCUAAAGUAUUUACAUCACUAGUUUUUUGUUGUACUUUGAUUUAUGCAGUUGUCAAAUUUACCGUUUAAAUCCAUCACAUCUUUCCUGUACAGUACACUAUUACUAUAUUAAUGCGAAUCAACAUUCAUGGUGAUAAUGUUACAAUGCAAAUAAUCAUGAUGGUCCUAAUAUUAUUUUUUGUU